UGGAAAAUUUUGCAGGGCGGUUGGAGUGGCCGGCGCUGCGGGGCCGGGGCCAUUCGACGUGCAGCUCGGGCGGCCGCGCGCUGCGCUCUCCAUUCCUGGCGCGCCUCCCAGCGCAGGGUUUAGCUGGGGCUCGGGUUCACUUUUCCCUCCGCUCACUCCUGCCGGCAGCUUCUCCGGGCUCCUGAGCAGCCAUGGAAGACACCACGUUGCAAAUUAUCGAACCCCCGACCGCCUCCGAGGCCUCGGAGGAGCAAGCGCCCGAGGAGCCCAUCAAAGCAGACCAGAUCAAUGGGGUGAUGGUGCUGACCCUCCUGGACAAGAUCAUCGGAGCCGUGGAUCAGAUCCAGCUGACUCAAACACAGCUAGAGGAGAGACAGCAGGAGAUGGAUAGCGCAGUGACCAGCAUCCAAGGCGAGCUCACCAAGCUCACCAAGGCGCACACCACGACCAGCAACACCGUGAAUAAGAUGCUGGAGAAGGUGCGCAAGGUGAGCGUCAACGUGAAAACCGUGCGGCAGAACCUGGAGAAGCAAGCCGGGCAGAUAAAGAAGCUGGAGGCCAACGAAGCGGAGCUCUUGAAGCGCAGGAACUUCAAGGUCAUGAUCUACCAGGACGAGGUGAAGCUGCCUUCAAAACUGAGCAUCAGCAAGUCUUUGACGGAGGGUGAGAAGCAAGAGAAGGAGGGAGAAGGUGAGGAGGUGCCUGCAGGUGAGGACCACGCGGAGGAGGACCAUGUCCAGCUCUCCUCGGACGAAGAGGUGGAGAUUGAAGAGAUUAUUGAGGAGUCCCGGGCCGAGCGCAUCAAAAGGAGCGGCAUGAAGAGAGUGGAUGACUUCAAGAAGGCCUUCUCAAAGGAGAAGAUGGAGAAGACUAAGCUGAAGACCAAGGAGAACCUGGAGAAGACCCGCCACAACUUGGAGAAGACCCGCCACAACCUGGAGAAGCGGAUGAACAAGCUGGGCACCAAGAUUGUGACCAACGAAAGGAGAGAGAAGAUGAAGACUUCUCGGGACAAGCUGCGCAAGUCCUUCACCCCCGACCACACCAUCUACGCCCGCUCCAAGACGGCCGUCUACAAGGUGCCGCCCUUCACUUUCCACGUCAAGAAAAUAAGGGAGGGCGCGGUGGAAGUGAAGGCCACGGAGCUGGUGGAGGUGGGUGGCGAGGAGGCCGAAAACUCGGAUCUGCUGCGUGGGGAGAGCCCCGAGAUGCAGACGCUGCUGGAGAUCACGGAGGAGUCGGACGCGGUGCUGGUGGACAAGAGCGACAGUGAGUAGGAGAGGCUGCAGCAGAAGCCUCGCACCGCCGGCCGGACACGGAACCACUCGCGUUUGAGAUGUCUCUUUGCCCCGGCGCCUCGGGGAGCCCACGCGCCGCAUCGCAGCCCGCCCCCAGGACCACGUCUCUUCGGUAUUUUAGCUUUAGCACCGCAGACGCUCGGAGCUCAGCGCCGCUUCCUCACGCGCCCCAUCCCCGCGGAGCCGCUUCCCACCGCGGCGGAGCUGCCCGCCCGCCCACAGGGCUGAUCCCGACGUGACGGAGCGCACCCGGAGAGUGCCGGAGUGCACCCGGAGCGUGAUGGAGUGCACCCAGAGCACACCCGGAGCGUGCCAUGUGGGAGCCGGGAGCAGAGCGCCGCUCGCCCCGGCCGCCUCGCCGGCUCCCCAGCACGGCACACACCGGGAUGCCUCCCGCCCCGGCGGGAAGGGCCGUGGGAGCAGCCGUGACGCUGCAGGGCCUCAACCCGAGUGACCCAGGAGCCCCGGCGCCGCACGGUCCCGCUCCACUGCACGUGCAGGAGGCCACACGGGGUGUCCUGGAGGCCAUGUAGGGGAUCCCGGAGGCCACGCGGAAUGUCCCGGAGCCCCCAUGGGGUGUCCAGGAGCCCCCAUGGGGUGUCCCGGAGGCCACGUGGGGUGUCCGGUGCCCAUGUGGUCUGUCCCGGGAGGCCACGCGGAGUAUCGCAGAGCCCACGCGGAGCAUCCCAGAGCCCACGCGGGGUGUCCUGG